AUGCUCGGACGAAAGUCGUCACACAGAGUCGCGAUGCUGCGAAACUUAGUUCAAUCCUUGAUUGAGCACGAGUCGAUACGGACCACUUAUCCGCGUGCGAAAGAAGCCCAGAAAGUAGCAGAAAACUUGAUUACGUUGGCGAGAAAAAACACGGACGCAUCGAAGAAUGAGGCCAAGAAAUAUCUCUACACUCACGAACUGAAUAGCAAGCUGUUCGGGCAGAUCCGAGAAAGAUAUGCCAAUCGAGAUGGCGGUUAUACCAGAGUGCUCCACAUUGAACCAUAUAAUGGUGAUGCUGCGCCUUCGGCCAUUCUCGAACUGGUCGACGGUCCUAAAGAUAUGAGAUUUGCUAUGACAGCUAAGGCUGUGGCUAGGAACACAUACGAAGGCACACCAGUUCAUCCCAUAACGAAAACGAAUAUUGAGAAGGUCACCCGGUUUCGGAUGAACGGGAAGGAGGAGUUCCAGCGAGUGGUGAAGUAUUUCGUGGCUAGGUUCGAGAAAAAUUAUGGGAACGAGAAGGGCAGCAGUCUAGGUCAGAAUACCAGCCCUACAACCACGACCGGUGAUGCCAGCUCUGGGGCCCUCGUCUCUCCGGCUUGA